CUAGGUGAUGCUGCCACACACACACACACACACACACACACACUGCAAAGACAACCCACUAGAGCGAGCGAGAGGGAGAGACAGAGAGAGAAAGAGAGAGGGAAGAGGAGGCAGGCCAGGCUGUUUUCGCAUCCUCUAGAUGUGGAUUGUACCUUGUUUUCACCAUGGCACCAUCACGGCACCGGUAGCAGGGGCUGCUGGGAGAUCAGAUGCGCGGCUUCGAGCAUCAUCUCUCUGAGAUGGCCGUGCACGCGUGCAGCUGGAGGCAGAAAUGCAUCGGGCUCUCUCAGGCGAACGGCAGCCUGCAGUGGGAGGCUGACUGAGAGCGCGCGCGCGCGUGCGUGCGUUCACACAGCCCCACAAAGCCUCUUCCCAGCUGGAGAGGCUGCUAAAUUCAUCACCGCACAACGGCAAGGUCUCUGCUGUAGUAUCUGACAAUGUUUCGCAAAAAGAAGAAGAAGAGGCCAGAGAUUUCGGCACCGAAGAACUUUGAGCAUCGUGUUCAUACGUCUUUUGACGCCAAGCGAGGGGUCUUCGUCGGCCUUCCGACACAAUGGCAGAGUUUAAUAGAAAACCUCCGGAGACCCAAACCAAUGGUGGACCCUUCCAGGAUAACACCAGUGGAGCUCAAACCAAAGAAGACCAUCGUGCGAGGCAGUAUGAUCGGCCAUGGAGACUACAUCUCAGCCAUGCUGUCCGACAUGAGCCGGCUGUCCGUCACCAGCUCCAACUCCCUGCGCAAGAGCAGCCCGUCGGCACGCAAGAGAGCGCAGUCGCUCGGCCGCCUGGGGGAAGUGAACGAGGCCGACGCCUAUCAGUACGAAGGACUCGAUGAAGCCGAACCACACUGGGGUGACAGGUCACGAAACAUCCACAGCGAGAGCGGCACGCCGUACAUGGGCCUGAAGAAGAGCAUUACACUCCAGCCCAACGGCGUCCUGCCCAGGGCCAAAUCCACCUAUGAGGUCAGCAUGAGCUCUCUGGAGGGGCCUCCACCCCCUCCGGCCCUUCCGGCCCCUCCGCCGCCCCCCAUCCCCGUCCCAGAGCCGCCCAGAUCCAUGUAUCUGGGUGGAGAUGUGGGGAGCCCCACCGAGAGGCUCAUGAUGAGACGAGAGUUUCCCAUCGUGUUCGCACACAACCAGAGGCCCAUCACCUGUUUCUACAGCCCCACGAUGCCCAUGCAGCAUCCGCACGGAGACAGUCUCACUCCGGACAUGAGGACGGCCAACAGACUGCUGGUCCAUCCGCAAAACAGCCCAGGGAGACCAUUCUCCUCAUAUGACCUGAAGGCCGACGCAGCCAUGAGACACCAGCCGGGAUAUUUGCACAGCGGCACCAGCAGUCCUCUCAUGAGCGGCACAAGGCCACACAAAACCGUCCGUUCCUCCUCCAGCUACACGAUCGGACUCUCACCCAACAUCAGUUAUCGGCCCACCGGUCCAGACCCCUUUAUGAGACACUCGGGCUGCCCGAACCCAGGACUCUACCCUAGACAGGACAGUCCGUCCCAGCCCCGGCCGUCCCCCACCGGCUCUCUGGCCAACAGCCCUCCGGGAACCUGCUCGCCUGCAUUCAGACCCCCACUGUACCCCUCGCCGCGCCCGCCGCCCGACCCCCCGAAAGUCACCCACGAGCAGUUCAAGGCUGCCCUGCAGAUGGUGGUGGAUAAAGGAGACCCACGCUCAUAUCUGGAGAACUUUGUGAAGAUCGGAGAGGGAUCGACGGGUGUGGUGUGCAUCGCCCGCGAGAAACACAGUGGACGCGUGGUGGCCGUUAAGAUGAUGGACCUCAGGAGACAACAGCGCAGAGAGCUGCUCUUCAACGAGGUGGUGAUUAUGAGAGAUUACCAGCACAGGAACGUGGUGGAGAUGUUCAAGAGCGCUCUGGUGGAGGAGGAACUCUGGGUAAUCAUGGAGUAUCUGCAGGGAGGAGCUUUAACAAACAUUGUGUCUGAAACCAGGCUGAGCGAGGAGCAGAUCGCCACGGUGUGUGAGGCCGUGCUGCAGGCGCUCGCGUAUCUCCACUCACAAGGCGUCAUCCACAGAGACAUCAAGAGCGACUCCAUCCUGCUCUCGCUGGACGGCCGCAUCAAGCUGUCAGACUUUGGAUUUUGCGCUCAGAUCAGUAAAGAUAUCCCUAAGAGGAAGUCUUUGGUGGGCACGCCGUAUUGGAUGGCUCCUGAGGUCAUCUCUAAGUCUCCGUAUGGAACUGAGGUGGAUGUUUGGUCUCUGGGCAUCAUGGUGGUGGAGAUGGUGGAUGGGGAACCUCCGUAUUUCAGUGAAACUCCUGUGGCUGCGAUGAAGCGGCUGAGAGACGAGCCGGCGCCCAGCGUACGCAACGUUCAUCAGGUGUCCCCGGUGCUUAAGGACUUUCUGGACCGCAUGCUGACGCGAGACCCGCUGGAGCGAGCGAGCGCCACCGACCUCCUGGAGCAUCCCUUCCUCCUGCAGGCCAGCUCUCCGCAGUGCCUGGUGCCCCUAGUGGAGCAGUACCGCAAGCGCAUGUCCCGCUGCUGAAGUCCCCGCCAUCCACCCGGCGCCUACGGAAUGAAAAAGAACCAGAAAAGCAGUGGCUUUUCCGGCCUGCCAGAGUGGAAAGCACCCAGAGCAACCGGGACUGAGAGGGCUGUUUUAGGAGAUAUGAACUCACACAGCCAUUUUCUUCCACCCGAGGACGUACGAUUGGUGCUUAAAAGGCAGUGAAUUAGAGCAGAAGUGCGUCUGACUGAAAACGCCACUGGGUUUUAUUGUGUUUUUUGUGAAGCUGCUCAUUUUCAGUGUUAUCUGCGGCCACAGAAACCUGGAACUACUGAAUUUGUACACAUCCAUCACGCUUGUGUUCGUUUAUCAGAUAUUUUGGCUAAAUUUAUACUGUUUCGAUAUAAUGAUUUUGCUCUCACUGUUGGUUUUUACAGCUGUAUUAAACAGUGUUAACACGGAUCCAUUUGUUAACAUUAGUUAACUAACACUGAAAAAUACUUUCAAAGCAUUUAUUAAUGUUAAUUUCAACAUUUACUAAUAUAUUAUUAUUAUUAUUAUAAACCAAAAGUUGUGUCUGUUGAUAAAGUUUAAUGGACCUGAACUAACAUGAACUAACAGUUGUGUUUUUAUUAACUACACAGUAAAAUCCCCAGAGUUAAAUCAACUCUGCUCAGAGUACAUAUGGUCCCUCUCUAAAC